AAAUGUGAUGCUCCGGAGAUGAAUUUCUUGCCUUCUCGAUUCCAAAUUAAAUUCUUCCCGCCCGUCUUUUCGUGCAAUCUGGAGCUGUGAGCGUCUUUUUUGUUGGUGAAAACAAUGUGUUCUGGUGAUUUCGGUUGAAUCUGGAAAAGAAUGCGAGUUUGCAAUGCGAUUGGUCCCAGGAUUCAAUCCACUUCGUCAAGUUGAUGCAAAUGGAAAAGAAUGCCGAGGAAACGUGGAAUUGCCAUUUUGCAAGGGUUACUGUAAGACUAGCGAGAGUGGCACCCAUGGCUUUCCACCACGAGUUCAAAAUAGUAAAGUGUGCACAUUGGUCACCACUUCAACUCGAAAAGUAGUUCUUGAUGAUUGUGAUGAUGGAGCCGAUGAGAGUGUCAAGUUUGUAAUGGUUCCACAUGGAACUGAUUGUGAAUGUUCUGCAGUUCCACUUGAACAACAUCAUUCAUAAAUUAUCAUACAUUCAUUCAAAAAUUCAUCGAAUAAAUAAAAGUUUUGUGUAUGCU